AUGAGCGGAAGAGGAAAAACCGGCGGUAAAGCGAGGGCGAAGGCCAAGACCCGAUCAUCCCGUGCUGGGCUUCAGUUCCCGGUCGGCCGUGUCCAUAGACUGCUACGCAAAGGCAACUACGGCGAGCGUGUUGGUGCCGGGGCUCCCGUCUACUUGGCUGCUGUGCUCGAGUAUUUGACCGCUGAGAUUCUUGAGUUGGCCGGCAAUGCUGCCCGCGACAACAAGAAGACCAGAAUCAUCCCACGUCAUUUGCAACUGGCCGUCCGCAAUGACGAAGAGCUAAACAAACUCCUUGGCGGAGUGACCAUCGCUCAGGGCGGUGUGCUGCCUAACAUUCAGGCUGUACUCUUGCCCAAGAAGACCGAGAAGGCAACCAAGUCCAAGUAA